AUGGAGUCCCAGCACUUCAAAGACGGGCGCUUCAUACCCCAUCCUGACACCAGCGACAUCACCGAGACCGAAGGCGAGUACCUCGCCCGCCAUCGACCCCGGAAGCGCAGGAGGAGAGACGGCAACGUCUACAACGCCGUCGUAGGGCGAAUCACAACAACUCUGCCUAUAGACGACAACACGCCCUCCGACCACCCGCCCCCGACGCACCACAGGCGACACUCGCCGUCCUCGCUCCGCGACCCCACCCUUGCGCCCGAGGAGGUGCUCUUCGCGCAAGCCCGCGCCCCCAUGCGCUUCGCCGAGAAGGAUAUCUACCACGCACACGAGCGGCUGCCCCCCUCGACCUCCGCCAGCCUUCCCGACAGCGAAAUCCUGAAAGCAGUCCACAGCUACGCGAGCCGCUUCUACAGCGAGCUCGCCGCGGGCAGUACUGGCAAGAAGUUCAGGGGCCGCAACAUCGACGAGCGCAGCAUGGACGAGACGGCGCUGCUGGCGCUGGGCGUGCUGCUCGAGGAGGCCGGGCGCGAGGUCCUGGGCAAGAGGGGCGAUCUGGUCUUCACAGAGGGCGUCGAGGUGGACGAUGAGGGCGGACUGGGGGGCGAGGACGGGGAUGGCGAUGGGGAGGCUGUGGGGUUCAAGGAUGUGCUCAGGGGGAGAGAUAGGGGGCGGGUGGGGAGAUCACGCUCGCAUCAGGGGUCGACGAACGAGUAG